AUUUUUUAAAACUGAGGGGAAAAAAAGUUAUUUUUCCAAUUAUUUGUAGAGGGGAGUUGAGAGGCAAAUCGAAAUUGAUUUUUUCCGAAUUUUGUUCACUUACCUUCUCCCUCGUGAACGCAUCGCACAAGCCCCCACCCCCCUUUGUUCACCUUCUCCAGCCGCCGGCUUGUCUUCCUCUCCGGCGACGUCCAGCCACUGUGGGUGGCGUGUUUUCUUCUGUCUCUCGGUGAUGACCCCAAACGGACUAAAGUUAAUUGACUUGCGAGAGCCAUGCGUUUGUGAUCCCUGGUCUGAAUACCCGUAGCCGGUAAACCUCAGAUUUGUGAAUUUGAACCUUCUCUCUCUUCGGAGGCUGCGAUGAGCUGCUUCAACGACGCCGCCGCCGCUAGCCCCCUAUAGAUGAAUGGGUUCUCUAUCUCACAUGGUGCCCCUCUGCAAUGCCCUCUUUCUCUUCCCAAGUCCUCAAAAAACCCGCUUUGUUUCGCCCCAAAUCCAAGCAACGCCCGGAUUCAACUCGCCUCUGUAUCGUUCAGUCCCUUCUCAACCUCUCUUCUCAAGGUCACCUUCCGGAAGCCCUCUCCUACCUCGACCCAUUGGCCCAAAGAGGCAUACGCUUACCCACUAGCACUUUCGUCAACCUUUUACGACUCUGUGGCAAAGCCAAGUUCUUAAAAGGAGGUAAAUGCGUUCAUUUGCAUUUGAAACACACGGGUUUCAAACGCCCUACCACUAUUGUAGCCAACCAUUUGAUUGGUAUGUACUUUGAAUGUGGCAAUGAUAUAGAGGCACGUAAGGUGUUUGAUAAAAUGUCUGUAAGGAAUUUGUACUCUUGGAACCAUAUGCUUGCUGGGUAUGCUAAGUUGGGAAAUGUACAUCAUGCUAGGAAGUUGUUCGAUAGAAUGAUGGAGAAGGAUGUUGUUUCGUGGAAUACUAUGGUUCUUGCUUAUGCUAAGAAGGGGUAUUUCAAUGAAGCUAUUGGGUUAUAUAGAGACUUCAGGAGAUUCGAUAUAGGGUUUAAUGAGUUUAGUUUUGCUGGUGUUUUGAUUCUUUGUGUGAAGCUUAAAGAAUUGCAGCUUGCGAAGCAGGUUCAUGGGCAGAUAUUGGUUGUUGGAUUCUUGUCUAAUGUAGUGCUUUCUAGUUCUAUUGUUGAUGCAUAUGCUAAAUGUGGGGAGAUGGGAUGUGCAAGGAGAUUGUUUGACGAAAUGCUCGUCAAAGAUAUCCUUGCAUGGACCACAAUGGUCUCUGGAUAUGCUAAAUGGGGUGAUAUGAAUUUGGCAAGCGAAUUGUUUCACCAAAUGCCUGAAAAGAAUCCUGUCUCUUGGACAGCUCUGAUAUCAGGCUAUGCAAGAAACAGUUUAGGGCACGAAGCACUUGAUUACUUUACAAAAAUGAUGAAGUUUCGAAUUAAUCCUGACCAAUAUACAUUCAGUAGUUGUCUCUGCGCUUGUGCCAGCAUUGCUGCACUAAAGCAUGGUAAACAAGUACAUGCCCAUUUGAUUAGAACCAACUUCAGAUGCAACACAAUAGUCGUCAGCUCUAUGAUUGACAUGUAUUCAAAGUGUGGUAUGUUAGAAGCUAGCUGCCACGUUUUUUAUCUUAUGGGAAAUAAGCAGGAUGUUGUAUUGUGGAAUACAAUGAUAUCUGCUCUAGCUCAGCAUGGUCAUGGGGAAAAAGCAAUGCAGAUGUUCAAUGACAUGGUUGAAUCGGGAUUGAAGCCUGAUAGGAUCACCUUCAUUGUGAUCCUUAGUGCGUGUAGUCAUUCAGGUCUUGUGCAAGAAGGACUUCGGUUUUUCAAGGCCAUGACCUAUGAUCACGGUGUUCUCCCCGAUCAAGAACAUUAUGCAUGCUUAAUUGACCUCUUGGGUCGAGCUGGAUGUUUUAUUGAGUUGGUAAACGAGCUAGAGAAGAUGUCUUGUAAACCUGAUGAUCGGGUAUGGAAUGCGUUACUCGGAGUCUGUAGGAUACAUGGUAAUAUAGAGCUUGGAAGAAAAGUGGCGGAACACGUAAUUGGGUUGGAGCCUCAAUCUUCUGCAGCUUAUGUAUCUCUUGCAAGUUUGUAUGCUCUUCUUGGGAAAUGGGAGUCAGUAGAAAAGGUCAGGGAACUAAUGGAAGAGAGAUUUGUAAGGAAAGAACGUGCAAUUAGUUGGAUUGGAAUUGGAAAUAAGGUACAUUCUUUCAUUGCAUCUGACAGAUUACAUCCACUGAAGGAAGAAAUAUACUCGAUAUUGGAGCAGUUAGCCAGCCAUACAGAAGAAGAUUUGUCAAUCAUUUGAAAAGAAGUUGUAAGUUAUUGCCCUGCAGGUUGUUUUCGAGGUGACCUGCUGCAGAAUCUUGCCUGUUAAGAAUGGAAAUUGCAGGUUAGUCCACAGAGAAUGUGAAAUUUCACACAAGUGAUCUAAUACGUAGGAUGAUGAUAAAAUGCUCGAUAUUUACACCACGGCCAGAUUUUUUUUGCUCUGAGUCAACAUUUGCCAAAGUCGAACCAAUGGGUAUUACUCCUUGAUCUUAAUUUGUUUAUCUCAUUCUUAAUCAAUAAUAAUGGCUAGAGUUAGUUUCUAAAUUCUACUUCUUAUGUGUACAGUUUUUGUGUUGUAAAUUUUGGUCAUUGUAGCUUUAGCCAAUAUUUCCAUGAUGCUUUUAAAGGGUCGCUAAGGGAGUCAUCACCUUCAAA